UUAACCGUUUCUGUUUCUAUGCUGUUGACAGGAGUCGAUACCAUGGAGGGAGGGCUUCCCUGGCUCAGACAGAACACACCUGGUGCUGGUGGUGUGACACAAGGAAUAAAGGUCGCCCCGGUGCCUUUCAACAUGAACCAAAACCGAGCAGUGGUCCUGCCCCUGCUCUCUGAGAAUCAGAUGCUUGUGUGGGUGCACCUGAACCAGAUCGACCUACAGCUGGACAGUGUAGCAGAGCUCGACAAGGCCUUCGACGUCUUCCCGUAUCUGACACAGAAAGAAACCGCUGUGCUGGCGCGGCGCUGCUCCCUGCACCCAGACCAGGUGAAGGAGUGGUUCAUGGCACAGAGGCUCCGCUACGGCAUUAGCUGGGACUACGAAGACAUCCAAGAGGUUCAAAGGAAGUUCAGUCAGGGAAAGAUUCGGGGAAAGAAAGAGGUGCAAACCCAAACUACCCAAAACAGGAUGCAUGAGGAGGUAAAAGAGGAGACAAGUGAGAAGAAGGAACAGAAGAGAGGGGUAAAAGAAUCUGGAAGGAAGAAGGAGGGAAAGGUCCCGGAGAGCUCAAAACUGGGACAAGAUGGGAGGGCUGUUGAGCGACUGAAGAGGAAAAUUAUGCAGGAGCUACAAAAGAACAAAGAGGAGGAUAGUGAGGUGGAAACUCUUGUGGAGGUCAGAGAGAAAACUCCGAAAAGGCGCAAAAGGAACGCCGUGCCCAACAAGAUAGAAGAGACGAAGGAAGACGAUGACGGUUUCGCGGAGAGAGACAGAGAGGGCGAGUCAGAGACGAAAUCUUUAACCAGAGAGAAGAGGGCGACGCUGCGGUUGGCUUUCUCCGACUGCCAGUAUCCAAACGCAUGUGACUACGAACGCCUGAUGAGGACGAUCUGCAUCCCUCGGCAAACGUUGGUGCAGUGGUUCAGCGACACACGCUACUACGUAAAGAAGGUUAGGCCAGGCUGGAUGAAGAAGGAGCAGCACAGCAAGGCGCUGGCCAACAUCAGGCACCGGCAAAGGAGCCGCUGA